UUUGCAUUCAUGUAGAUUUUUUAAUAUAGUGUAUCAAAGUAUUUUUCUCAAUUACUGAGUUUUUUGGCACCCCCUUAAAAUUCACCCCUGAGUCGAGUGCCUGACCUGGCCUCACCCUGUUCCCACCCUGCCUCUUGCCCCUUGCUAGCUGUGUGAUUUUGGGCAAGUUGCUUACCCUCUCAGGGCCUCAGUUUCCUCCUCUGUGAAAUGGGGAUAGUCCCUGUACCUACUCACAGCUGUUAGGGGACACGAUGAGCUCAUGACGCACGUUACAGACGAGAACAUCCCUGGCACUCAGUAGACUUGUGCCAGGCAACAGUUCUUCUGAUGGGGAGGCCUGGUUUGGGGCCUGAGGGUGGGUCACAAGAUGGAUGUGACCUAGCCUUGCCCUUGAGGAGAGCUGGCCCACCUGCCUAGAAUGCCUUGCUGCUCCUGUUCCCUGGGUAAACAUGCUGUUUCUGCUCUCCUGCCUCGGCCUGACGCCCCUACAAGGUCCCGGGGGUGAGAUCUGGAGCUGCUCACCCGAAGGCCGCCCGGGCUCCCAGCACCUUCCAUCCCAGCUGCCCGGGCCCCCACCGUCGCCUCCCCCACCCUCAGCUCUGCCCACUCCCACUGCAGGCCGCGGCUCCCGGCCCUGCGCGCUGCCAUGAGGCCUGCACUCUGCGGGGCUGAAGUCCAAAGUCCAGUGCCUUCGCUAAGCACACGGAUGAAUAUGAACCUUGGAGAAUUUCCCCAGCUCCAAUGUAAACAGAGCGGGCAGGGGCCCUGAUUCACUGGCCGCUGGGGCCAGCCUUGGGGGUUGGGGGUGCCCACAGGGCUUGGCUGGUGGGGUUUGGGGGGACAGUGGGUGCAAGGAGCCUGGUUGGUGCCUGCCUGCUGGCCGCCGGGCGAGGAGACGGCCCCCACGGUGGGGGAGGCGGCCAGCUCGGUGGCCCCGGGCCGCAUGGUCCAGGGGUGGCGGAGCCAUGGUUUCCAAACUGAGCCAGCUGCAGACGGAGCUCCUGGCCGCCCUGCUCGAGUCUGGCCUGAGCAAGGAGGCGCUGAUCCAGGCGUUGGGUGAGCCAGGGCCCUACCUGCUGGCUGGAGAUGGCCCCCUGGACAAGGGGGAGUCCUGCGGCGGCGGCCGAGGGGAGCUGGCCGAGCUGCCCAAUGGGCUUGGGGAGACGAGGGGCUCCGAGGACGAGACGGACGACGAUGGGGAAGACUUCACGCCACCCAUCCUCAAAGAGCUGGAGAACCUCAGCCCCGAGGAGGCGGCCCACCAGAAAGCCGUGGUGGAGACCCUGCUGCAGGAGGACCCGUGGCGCGUGGCAAAGAUGGUCAAGUCCUACCUGCAGCAGCAUAACAUCCCACAGCGGGAGGUGGUCGACACCACCGGCCUCAACCAGUCCCACCUGUCCCAGCACCUCAACAAGGGCACCCCCAUGAAGACGCAGAAGCGAGCCGCCCUGUACACCUGGUAUGUCCGCAAGCAGCGAGAGGUGGCCCAGCAGUUCACCCACGCAGGGCAGGGGGGGCUGAUUGAAGAGCCCACGGGCGAUGAGCUACCAACCAAGAAGGGGCGGAGAAAUCGUUUCAAAUGGGGCCCAGCAUCCCAGCAGAUCCUGUUCCAGGCCUACGAGAGGCAGAAGAACCCCAGCAAGGAGGAGCGAGAGGCGUUGGUGGAGGAGUGCAACAGGGCGGAGUGCAUCCAGAGGGGGGUGUCACCGUCGCAGGCACAGGGCCUGGGCUCCAACCUCGUCACGGAGGUGCGUGUCUACAACUGGUUUGCCAAUAGGCGCAAGGAAGAAGCCUUUCGGCACAAGCUGGCCAUGGACACAUACAGUGGGCCGCCACCGGGACCAGGCCCGGGCCCUGCGCUGCCUGCCCACAGCUCCCCGGGCCUGCCCCCACCUGCCCUCUCCCCUAGUAAGGUCCAUGGUGUGCGCUAUGGACAGCCUGCAACCAGUGAGGGGGCAGAAGUGCCCUCAAGCAGCGGCGGUCCCUUGGUGACAGUGUCUGCACCCCUGCACCAAGUGUCCCCUACAGGCCUGGAGCCCAGUCACAGCCUGCUGAGCACUGAAGCCAAGCUGGUCUCAGCAACUGGGGGCCCCCUGCCCCCUGUCAGCACCCUGACAGCACUGCACAGCUUGGAGCAGACAUCCCCAGGCCUCAACCAGCAGCCCCAGAACCUCAUCAUGGCCUCGCUUCCUGGGGUGAUGGCCAUCGGGCCUGGGGAGCCUGCCUCCCUCGGCCCCACGUUCACCAACACAGGCGCCUCCACCCUGGUCAUUGGCCUGGCCUCCACGCAGGCACAGAGCGUGCCGGUCAUCAACAGCAUGGGCAGCAGCCUGACCACCCUGCAGCCGGUCCAGUUCUCUCAGCCGCUGCACCCUUCCUACCAGCAGCCACUCAUGCCCCCUGUGCAGAGCCACGUGGCCCAGAGCCCCUUCAUGGCCACCAUGGCCCAGCUGCAGAGCCCCCACGCCCUCUAUAGCCACAAGCCUGAGGUGGCCCAGUACACCCACACGGGCCUGCUUCCGCAGACCAUGCUCAUCACCGACACCACCAACCUGAGCGCCCUUGCCAGCCUCACACCCACCAAGCAGGUCUUCACCACAGACACUGAGGCCUCCAGCGAGUCCGGGCUUCAUCCUCCGGUGUCACAGGCCACCACCAUCCACAUCCCCAGCCAGGACUCUGCGGGCAUCCAGCACCUGCAGCCGGCCCAUCGGCUCAGCACCAGCCCCACCGUGUCCUCCAGCAGCCUGGUGUUGUACCAGAGCUCCGACUCCUCCAAUGGGCACAGCCACCUGCUGCCCUCGAACCACAGCGUCAUCGAGACCUUCAUCUCCACGCAGAUGGCCUCUUCCUCCCAGUAACCAUGGCAACCGCCUCCCGGAGGGGCUGGGCCCUGGGGCCUGCAUGGCCUGCUUGGGGGGUGACGAGGACAUUUGAGCCUAAGAAACUUUUGCUGCCACGGGGUUGCUGCCUUUCCCUGGAAAACAGUGCCUCGGUCCCCACCCUGGUCUGCUGGCGCCAGAAAGGGAGGGUUCUGAGGCACGCGCAGCUGAGGGCUGCUUCCGUUGCACAAGAAGGGACCGUGGAGAGCUGGGAGGCAGAGCUUGUUCCUAGCAGGUCACGGGAGGGACUGUCCCUGCUGCUCAGGUAAAUCUUGUCACUUGGAGCAGAAAGGGGCAGCCUUUGGACUCUGGCAGCCCCAGCCUGAAUCUGUGGAGAGCCCAGCAUCCCGAAGGAAACUCUGGCAGCCACACUUCUCAGGACACAAGCUUGCGUAGCUGUGAGUCGCUGAGCUCCGAGAGGCCCGAGAUCAACGUGAACCGUUCUGUCACCUAUGCCCCGACCAGGCCACUCCACUCUGCCCCCUUCUAGCUACUGAUCCACAUGCCCAUUUACACCUACCCGUCCCCCACUUGCCUAAGCUGUCCUCGUGGCUCCUCUGUGCCAGGACCUGGGCUCCCAUGCCAGCCCCAGGGGAGCUCAGGCUAACAAGGAGGGCACGCAGGGCUCUCCCAAUUUCCCUCGUCCUGAGCCAUCCCCUCUUCUCGGCCCCCACGACCUCCAGUUUUCUUGGACAUUCAUCUUCCUGAGCAUCACGCCUUCUUACGCCAGCCUGGCAUCUUGCCUCUACUGGGAAGCCCCCCUCAGGGCCAGGAAGUUGUCCGUGCUCCUGCAGGAGCCUCGUGACUCUGUGCCUGGUGCUGAGCCCAGGUCUUGGGGCAGCAGCACCUCUGGCUUCUGGGGCCCUGCAGACCCUUCCCUGGUUUGAGGGAGAAGCUGCUGAGCUCAGAAGGCAGCAAGGCCUAAGCAGCCACAGAACUGAGGGACCCAGAGGGAGCAGAGCCACCUGUGACGCCUGGAAGCUUGGGAGCCCAGCUGGCUGUGGAUGGGGAGCCAGGCGGUCUGCAGCCACCCUGAGGAGCCCGAGGCCCUGAGCAGCAUGGGGAGGGACAAGGCACCCGUAUCCUCUUCUCCCUGGGGCUGCCGCAGAUAACCCGGCCCUCAGUGGCCUACCUCCAUCCUGGGAUUGAGGAAGCGGCCAGGGGAGAACCAGUACCCACUGCAGCUGGCAGCCAGCUAAGGGCGCACCUGUACAUUUAUUUAACUUUCAGUAAAGUAAAUGAGGAACGUA